AUGCUGAGGCCACGAGCGGCGCGCAAGCAGCCCGUUGUGCUCUCCUCGGACGCUGAGGGCAGCACUUCACCGCCUGCUCCGAGACGAACCAAGAGCAAGAGCAAGAGCAAGAGGGGCACACUAGCCAGUUCGUCCACUGAUGUGCAGGCCAGCGCCAGCAGCACCAGCCCGAGCACCGCUCGCAUGCAGACGAGACGUGCAGAGUCGCCGCCGCCGCCAUCCACCGCACCGACGCAAAACUCUGCCACCAACUCUCCAGGCAAGCCGGAGCCGAAGCCAGGGCCGAAGCCGAAGCCAGGGCCGAAUCCAAAGCCAGGGUCGAAUCCAAAGCCGAUCCUUCAUAAGCCCAUCACCUCCUUCUUCCGCCCAGGCACUGCGCCUGCUCCCCGCUCGCAGUCCGUGCAGCCCACACCGACACCCAGCCCUGAAAAACGCGCCACACCGCUGGACGGCGUCGAUGACAUUGAUGACCUCUUCGACUCCUCCGCCGAUGACCGACCGCGCCAGCCACCGACCGCGCUGCCCGUGCGCAAGAGGAAGAGCGUGACGGCGUUGGCUGCCUCGGACCCCGGCAGUGGCCCCAAGGCCAGCCAGAAGUUCCUCCGCACAGCGACCGGCGCUCGUGGUACGCCUCCGCCGCCGCAGCCUGCCCGCAGCGAGCCUGGGGACGGACGGCCAUGGACUGACCAGUACGGCCCGCUGUCGCUCGACGAGCUGGCAGUGCACAAGAAGAAGGUGUCAGAUGUGCGCACCUGGCUCCAACACGUCUACAGCGGCCAGCACAGGAAACGGCUACUGCUUCUCAAAGGGCCCGCGGGCAGCGGCAAGACGACCACCAUGGCCUUGCUUGCCAGAGAGCUGGGUAUCCACAUGCACGAGUGGAAGAACCCCACCAGUUCCAUGUCAGCGCCCGACGGCCUCAUGUCUGCAACCGCCCAGUUUGAAGACUUCGUGGGAAGGGCAGGCGCAUUCGGCAGUCUCACCUUCGAUCGGCCUCACCAAAGCCCACCGCAAGCCUCAGCCAGCACCGACAGCACCGACAGCACCGACAGCACCGACAGCACCGACAGCACCGACAGCACCGACAGCACCGACAGCAGAGCGAAGCAGCUCGUCCUUGUAGAGGAGUUCCCCAAUACAUUUGCGCGGGCUUCGUCUGCAGUACACUCUUUUCGAUCAUCUCUUCACAACUUCCUUGCUGCCACCACUCCCUCAGCUACAACCUUCUUCGCCGCUCAACCCCGCCCUAACCAGUCCGUCACACCCAUCGUUAUGAUCAUCUCCGAGACCCUGCUGUCCACGAACACGGCCGCCGCCGACAGCUUUACUGCUCAUCGUUUGCUCGGUCCUGAGAUUCUGACUCACCCAGGAGUAUCCGUCAUCGACUUCAAUCCCAUCGCACCGACGUACAUGACAAAAGCACUGGACCUUGUGGUGGUCAAGGAGGCGCGCAAUUCAGGGCGCAGGAACACGGUUGGGCCUCGGGUCAUACAGCGGCUCGCAGAGCUUGGAGAUGUGCGCAGUGCUGUCUCAUCACUCGAGUUCCUCUGCCUGCGUGGGGAUGACUCGACUGGAUGGGGCGCCAAGGUCAACUUCUCGAAAAAGAAGGGCCCCAAAGAUGUGCCAAUUACUAAGAUGGAAAAGGAGUCGCUGGAACUCGUCACCCAGCGAGAGAGCACGCUAGGCAUCUUUCAUGCCGUCGGCAGGGUGGUGUACAACAAGCGCCUACCAGAAGAUCCAGGUGCUCCUGUGCCUCAACCACCACACUCGUUCCCCGAACGGCGUCGACCGAAGGCCUCAGAGGUCAAUCUCGAUACGCUCAUCGACGAGCUCGGCACCGAUACGCAUACCUUCACUGCGGCACUGCAUGAGAACUACCUUCUCUCUUGCGGCGGAGCGGACAGCGAAGAGACGAUGGAUUCAGUGGACGGCUGUAUCGAAGCCCUGUCCGACGCCGACCUAUUGUCGCCAGAUCGCUUCGGCGCUGGCGCAGGUCGACGAAACCUACAGGGCACGAGCGCAGACAACCUUCGUCAGGAUGACAUGUGUUUCCAGACUAGCGUACGCGGGCUCCUUUACAACCUCCCACAUCCAGUCAAAAGGAUGGCACCACCGCCUGGUAUCAUGGGCAUCAAAGCGAAAGGGCAAGGAGCCAGCACAGGCGCGCCGAAAGGCGGCAGUGCAUUCGUCAUGUACUACCCAGCUUCACUUCGCAUCUGGAAGCAGCAAGAAGAAACCAACGAUCUCCUCGAGCUGUGGGUCUCGAGAGCCCAGCGCGGCGAACUUUUCUCCUCAGGCAAAAGUCCAUUCCAAUCGGCUGCCCCCAGUGGCGGCGUUGAGACGUGGAAACGAAAUAUACAACUUUCCCAAGCAACAUCCGCGUCUUCCAGCGACGAACCGCCCCCGACGAUUCUCGGAAGCGGCGGUUCUGCACGCAACGAGAUGCUCUUGGAGCGACUUCCCUAUCUAGCCACCAUUCUCCGCAGCUCCCGCAUGCCCUCACCCUCCACCGCCGCCACGAUUCGCGAGAUACAGCAGAUCACCUCGUUCCACGGCACUGGAAGUACAGGCAUAGCCGAGGAGGACGGAGAGGAAACAUGGGAGCAACAAGCAGGCAACCAGGAGCAAUGGGCGACGGAUGCAAAUGCGCCCGCGACGCCGCGCAAGAAGAAAGGCGUGCGAUUUGUCGAAAAUAGAGAGCAGGAGCAUGAGGACUCUGCAAUCGCAGGGCUGUCCGCCAAGGGCGCGAGUCUAGUGCUGGAGGAUGACGAUAUCGAGGAUUGA